GACGUGGUCGCGUGUGGACGCGCCGCUGUCGUAUUUAAAAUAUUCAAUAUAAUAAAACUUGUCGCGGCUUAGAACUGGUGGAUAGGACAGUGCUUUUGUGUUUCUUUUGUGAGAUUACACGUCGGAUUUUUUAUUUAAUAUAAAAAAUGCAAAGAAAACGUCAAAAGAAGCGACGAGAAAAACGCAGUGCAGUGAAAUGAAUUAAGGAAUAUGUGACUUAUUGUAAUAAUGAUUAAGUUUAAAAUGGCAUCUCGGAUGUGCCGUGGCAUUUCCAAUGGAUAUAUCUUGAUGGUCGUUUUGUUUUUGUCGGGGCAAGCUGUAGUUUGUGACAGCCAGUGCCCAAAGUUUGCAGAAAGGCCUCUGGAAACGAGAGUUCAAGAUGCUUCAAUAGUUUUUAGGGCGGUGGUCGUUCAGGCACACUAUCAGAUAAAGACAUUUGAUUUGGCUUUAGUGUCAAUAUACAGAGGUGGAGUUGAGUUGGCAUCGAUCAGCCAAUACGCAGGAUCACCCUACAACACGACAGAUAGGCAGGUAAAUCUCAAAAUCAAUAAUCAAUUACGUGAUUGCUUUAACUGGAGCAUGGUCCAACAAAGCGAGCUUGUGGUUUUCGCUCGUGUCAGUGAACCGGCUGUGGACCUGGAAACAACACCAGCUGAUGGGCCCUGGCUGGAAGCUACUGCAGCAGCAGUUCCUUGGAGCUUGGGAGUCGAUAUAGCAAUAUGGAAUGCUGUCGGCUGGGCUGGCUGGGGGGAGUGGGGUGUGUGUAGCAAGACAUGUGGUGGGGGAAGACAAACCAGAAGAAGAUACUGCUCAAGAAAUUUUUGUGAAGGUUACGGAGAACAGGGAAGGUCAUGUAAUUCCUUCAAAUGUGAUGGUACAAUAAAUCCUCUGGCACCAGACGCCAGGCGAAAUUUUCAUCCAGCACAAGCCAGAUGGGGUCUAGUACCAGAUAGACCUCAUGCCUUUAGUCUGAAACCCAACUCUUAUAUCUGGAUAGCGUCGUCCGAACUCUUCGCUCCAGGCAAGACCUUCCCCAGAGAAUUCACACUAUUCAUUUCUUUAAGAUUAAGACCUGAGAGCGGGGGUUACGGACAGGGAACGUUAUUUUCAGUUCGUUCAAGACGUAAAACUGGUUCAUUUUUGUCUCUGGAACUAGCCGGGCGAGGAGCAGCUAGAUUGGUUCAUUCAGGUGCUGGAACUUCCCGGUCUAUAUACCUCGCUGUCCCACUUUAUGACUUUAGGUGGCACCACAUCGCUAUAAGUGUCCAUGACGACAACACUGUGAGAGUGUAUGUGGAUUGCCGAUGGCUGAGGACUGACGUACUCGAAAAGGACGCUUUAGAUACACCAAAGGACGCUGAUCUCAUUAUAGGCUAUCUCUUCUCAGGGGACUUGGAACAAAUGGUCGUUGUGCCGAAAGCCGGUCAAGCCCACGAGCAGUGCUCUAGCCAAGUGACUGGCAUAACACCAUUCGUUACCCCGCGCGACACAUAAUUCAGAUCUAUUAUUCUCUAUAAAUUGGAUUAAAAACGCUUUAUCCCAGUACAUUCAGUUUGAGCGAAUGAAUGAUAGCAUGUUAGUUUUAUGUAUGCGUAGGUGUAUAAUAUAAAAUGUAUAUAGUUCUUAUAACUCAAUAUGAAUAAUUAGAUAUUUUAUAUUCAGAUACAUCAUACGUUUUCUGAUUUAAAAGUUGUAUGAAAUUAGCCUCGUGCAGCCUUUUUUUUAACGAUUGUAUUAUUUGAUUGCUGCUUAAUGUUUUUACAUAAAUAUCUUUACCAUAGUUUAAUUUUUGAAAUUUGUCAGGAGACUAUUCGAUGUAUGUUUAUAUUUACGUAUUAAUAAAUCUUGUUAGAUCCAUUGAAAAUGAAUGUUUAUUUAUUAGAAAUCUUUUUAAAUAUAGCGGGCCUAAAGUGUAAAUAGAAAAAAUCUAUUGAAUUUGAUAUACAAUAUAAUGUUUGCUUUUUAAUUAAAUGUUAUUAUUUAAUCGUAAAUGUAUAUGUAGACAUAGAUGAUAAUAUUUUCAGUUUCUGAUGUAAAAAAACGUUUAUAUUUCUCUUGGAAAUUAAUUAAAGAGAAUUAUGCUAAAUUA